AUGCAUAGACACAGGACAUGGACCUGGAAUCCAAGCUCUCUCCAGGACUUGGCACGACGGUGCCUGCUGAAGGAUGCUGAGAUGUCCAUCACUGACCUGGAAGACAUCCCCACAGAGCUCUUCCCAUAUCUGCUGCUGGAUGCAGUCUCUUUCCGGUCUCUUAAGACUCUGAAGGGCUUAGUACUGACCUGGCCCUUUCCUGUUUUACCCUUGGGGAUUUAUAUACAACAAUCCAACUCUGUGACCGCUUAUUUUAAAGCACUUAUGGAUGGACUUGAUGCUCUACUUGCCCAGAAGGUUCGACACAGGCGGUGCAAGCUGCAAGUGGUGGAUUUUCGUCCCAUCAGUGAGAAAUUCUGGCAUCGCUGGUGUGGGACCCCUAUCCAGAGCAGCGCUUACGGGAAAGAACCUGUGGACCAUGGGAAUCCAAGAAAGCACACCUCUGCUUCCUUGGAGAUGGUCUUAGACAUUACUUUUGGCUUUGCUGCCCUCACUGAACAAAUAACCUACAUCCUUAACUGGGCGAGGGAAAGGAAAGGGGUUCACCUGUGCUGUAAGAAAAUUACCUUUUAUGAAGAGCCCAUGCCCUCUUUGCUACUGAGCGGGAUUACAGCGGCGUGCGUACAGGAGAUGGCAGUGUUUUUCACCUGGACGUCGCGCACCAUGGGAUGGUUUGCUCCUUUCACACUUAUUCUGGGCUGUAUGAGCAAUCUGCAGGGACUCCACUUCAUCACCAGGCACGGACCCCAGGAGCUGCAGGAGCAGGAACAGUAUGGAUCCCUGCUGGCCGCUCAGCUGCCCAGGUUGCAGAGACUGCGGGAGCUUCGUGUGGAGUGUCCCUUCUUCCUCAGGGGUCACGUGGGCCAGAUUCUCAGGUGCCUGACCAGGUCUCUGGAGACUUUGUGCAUCACAGAAUGUCCACUCCCAGAGCCAGACUUGACAGAUCUGUUCCAGUGCCCCAACCUCACCCAGCUGAAGGAGCUGUGUCUGCGAGGCAUCCCGCUGUGCUCUGUUGGGGAGUCCCUCCCAGUUCUGCUGGAGAACUGUGUGUCCACCCUGCAGGACGUGGACUUAGGGGUGUGCGGGCUCCUGGACACCCACCUGGAGGUCCUUCUGCCUGUGCUGAAACUCUGCUCCCAGCUCAGGGUCCUGAAUCUUCGUGGGAACCGCAUGUCCAUGGGCACCCUGGUCCUGAUGCUGCAGCACCUGGCCGGGCUGCCCCACUUAAUGCUCGAGGUCUAUCCAGCCCCACAGGAGAGCUACAGUGCUCCGAACGUCCUCCACCAAAGGACUUUUGAGCUGCUUUGUGCAGAGCUGACAGAGGUUCUCAGCGACCUUGGAAAGCCCAGGAAGAUUUCUAUCAUCACCCACUACUCGUGUCUUCUCUGUGGCCUGAAGUUCAUCUAUAACUCCGAGCCCUUUAUAAAGGGAGGAUAUGCACCUGAAUGUUUUGUCAAACAUAUUUCAUUUGGGUUGACAGAAAUGAACCAAUAA